AUGGCGACGCGCAGCGACGCGCCCGAAGUGCGCGAGUCCAUCGAGGCCAAGGUCACCAAAGAUGUCGAAAUGACCGACGCACCCGACGCCAGCACCGCCGAAGCCAAGCAACCCGAACCGACUGUCUCUGCGAAGCCGGCUGAAUCCGACAAAAUGGAUAUUGACGCUGGUGCGAAUGCCGACGCCGACGCCGAUGCCGACGCGGACGCGGACGGUGAAGCGGAUGCAGAUGGCGACAUUGACGUAGAUGCAGACGCAGACGCAGACGCAGACGCGGAUGGUGAAGUUGACGCAGACGCUGAUGCAGAUGGAGAUCCAGAUGAUGGCGUCGCAUCCCCCGUGGAAUCCGAGCCUGGCGACCUUUUGGAUGUCAUCCAAACCAUCAGCUCAACCGUGAGCAACUACAAGGAUGAAGACGGUGAAUGGUGGGCGGCUAGUUUCCAGCGCAUCCCGAACAAACGUCAACUGCCAGAUUACUUCGAGAUUAUCGAGAACCCCAUCGCCUUCAGCACCAUUCGCCACAAGAUCCAAAAGAAGCUGUACACCGAUUUCCCCGAGUUUGUUCGCGAUCUUGCACAGAUUUGUCACAAUGCGCAGGUGUAUAAUCGGCCUUCCUCGGCCAUCUUUAAGAGUGCCACCGUCAUCCGAGAUAUUUUCAAGAAGGAGUUGCAGAAACUCGUUGCCAAAGGCACGGUCAAGUCUGAAGAGGCAGAGCUUCCCGAUUUGGGCGAGCUCCCGCCCGCAGAAGACUCGUCGCCAGAGGCCGAAUCCGAAGAGGACGAAGGAGAAGAGGAGGAGGAGGAAGAGGAAGAGGAGGAAGACGACGAGUCCGACGAUGACGGAAAACGCCGACGAAGCAGGAGGCGUGGCCGAACUUCGCUCACCAAGCGCCAGCUUGAGGAGGCCCGGGAGGAAGACGAACAUAAGAAGCGCGGCCGCCCUCCCAAAGUCUUGACACCGCUCGAGGCGCGUAUUCACAACGUCAUCAAGGGCCUGCGCAAGUUCCAGUCAGACGACGGUGACUUGCUCAUUGGUCCCUUUGAGAAGCUGCCCGAUAAGCUUGCGAACCCGGACUAUUACCAAGUCAUCACCAACCCUAUUGCGCUCGACAACAUCAAGAGAAAUGCCAAGAGGAAGAAAUACUCGACUGUCGACGAUGCGCUCAAGGAUAUCGACCUCAUGUUCAACAACGCAAAGGAGUACAACGAGGAGGCCAGUGACAUUUACGAAGCCGCUGUCGAGCUGCAGAGGCAAGCACGUGAGCUGGUUGCGCAGGAAAAGUCGAGGCCAGACGAUGAAUUCCGUGACGAGGAUGGCAAACUGCCACUGUCGGAAAUUCAGCACAACGGCCAAGCAUGGCGAGUCGGCGAUUGGGUGCAUAUUCGUAAUGUCAACGACAUGGCCAAACCCAUUGUCGCGCAAAUAUUCCGAACUUGGCAAGACCGAGCUGGACAGCGAUGGAUCAACGCUUGCUGGUACUACCGUCCCGAGCAGACGGUGCACAGGUUCGAGAAGCACUUUUUCGAGAACGAGGUGGCAAAGACGGGCCAGUAUCGCGACCACCAGAUCGAAGAGGUGCUCGACCGAUGCUUCGUCAUGUUCGUUACGCGGUUCAAUAAAGGACGGCCGCGUACUCUGCCGGCGGAUAAGGAGGUGUACGUGUGCGAGUCUCGGUACAACGAGGCGACUUGUAAAUUCAACAAGAUCAAGACGUGGACGAGCUGCGUGCCUGACGAAGUCCGGGAGAAGGAUUACGAGAUGAAGCUGUUUGAUCAGCCGCGACGGCUCAAGAAGGUGCCCAGCCCGAUCAAACACCUCUUGCAGGCGGAUGCGAAGGAAACGGAUGAGCUCCCGAAACCGACCUGGGGGGCAGCAAACGCACCGCCCAUUAUUGGUGCCGUGCAUCGGCGCCCUCGAGAAUCAAACGAGUCUCCUCCACCUGAGCCCACGCCUUCUCCGCCGCCCAUGAGCCAAGAGCCUGCGCGACGGCCUUCAGUUCUCCAAGCGAUGCGCCAGACGCCGAGCGACAUGUCGAUGGGUAAUCCUCCCACGCCUUAUGGGCACGGAAUGGGAGCUGCGCCGUCUCCGUCGCCAGCAAUGUAUGCUCAGCAGUACACGCCUCAGCAUGCUUCAGCAUCGCCAGUCGCGGUGAACCAUCAAACGCCGCCUCAUCCCGCUGCAGCCCGCACCCCCAUGGCCAACACGCCCAAUGCCAUGCAGCCCGCCAAUGCCUACAACCCUCCUAGGCCUCCCGAGGUUUUUACCCUGGCCGAAUCCCUCAACGACCAGAUCCCCGAAGAGGUGCGCAGCCAGUACAACAGGGACGAGAACGGCAGAAUCUUUUUCUACUCCACACCGCCCAUCGCCCGCCCCGAACACGGCCUCGCCCCAGACAAUGCCAACUCGGGCCACAGCCUCGCCUACCUUGCUAAGAGCAACCCGCAAUGGCUGGCCGAACGCGCCUCCCGCGCAAAGCCCUUUGCCGUCGCCAAGCAGAAGGAGUUGAAGGUCAAGAUGGCCCUCGACAAGGUCACCGAACCCGCCAAGGGCAAGACGGGUGAUGAGCUUCGCGACUGGGCCGCCGACUCCCUGGUCCGCUACGUCGAGGCGCACGCCCAGGAGACGUCGCGCAUGCGCCAAGAGGGCGAUCUGGACGGUCACGACCGCCUCAUGAAGGAGCAGCGCGCCGCGCGCCGCAAGAAGACGAGAAAGGAGCUGGAAGAGGAGGAGGAGCGAGCCGACGAGGCGAAGCGUGCCAAUUACCUCGAGGACAUUUACUUUGUCCACUCCAGUCUGCGCACGCCCAAGCCUGCUCACUGA